UCUUCCAGGACGAGGAGUGGUGCUGGACAGCCAAGGGCCAGUGCUGGUCUCAGAGCCGCGCUCGAGCGUGGAGUUCUCGAACGACACCGGGGCGAUGAUCCAUUGCUCGGCCCAUGGCAGUCCCUCGCCGAGGAUUGACUGGCUGAUGGGCGAUGGCUCGCCGGUUCUGCCGAUACCGAACAUCCGUGAGAUGCUGGUGAAUGGAUCCAUGUAUUUCCUACCGUUCGGCGCGGAGAGCUACCGGCACGACGUACACUCGGCCGUCUAUCGAUGCCAGGCGUCGAAUAGCGUCGGCAAGGUGCUCGGCCGUGAAAUCACGGUGAAGGCCGUGGUACGCCAGAAGUAUGAGGUACAAGUGCGAGAUGCCUAUGUCCUGGCGGGUAACACAGGGGUGCUCAGGUGCGAGAUACCAGCCUUUGUUAAGGAGUACGUCGCGGUUACGUCCUGGCUGAAAGACUCGGCCUUCAACAUUUACCCGUCCGCGGAGAGCGGCGAGAAGCACCAUAUGCUGCCCACCGGAGAGCUGCUCAUCUUCUCGGUGACUCCAGCUGAUGCUCACUCGACCUACCGUUGCCGCACUGUACACCACGUUACCGGUGACACCGUGGAAAGUUCCUCGUACGCCAGGCUCGUGGUUACCGAACAUCGUAACUCGUCGCCGCCGCGAUUUAACGAGCGAGUGAAUCCCGGGCCGAUCCGCACCGGCGAAACGAUUGUACUAUCGUGCAUCUCGCAGGGUAAUCCGCCACCGACGUACCUCUGGUUUCGCGAAUCCGUGUCGGGCACGACGAUGGUCUUCAACUCGGAGAGGAUACACGCACGUGCCGGCGUUCUGGUGCUGCAGCCGGCCCGAGUCGAGGAUGCCGGUAGAUAUGUCUGCCAUGCAAACAAUACCGCUGGUUCCGAGCGAGUUGAACUGGAAGUCACCAUCAUAAGCAGCCUCUCUAUCCAUCUGGCGCCUCAACAGGUGACGGUGGAUCUAGGGAAGGACGCGGAAUUUCAGUGCUCCGUCACCGGUCAGCCACAUCCGGUGAUCUCGUGGGCGAAAGACGGUCUUCCUGUGCGGGAAGGAUCGUCGGGUAGGAGCAAAGUCACGGGUAAUGACGGCUCGACCUUGCGUAUCUCUUCCAUCGUGAGAGACGACAAAGGAAUGUAUCAAUGCUUUGCCAAAAACGAUUACGAGAUGGUGCAAGCUACAGCCGAAUUACGUUUAGGAGAUGCUGCACCCCAACUUCUAUACAAGUUCAUCGAGCAGACGAUGCAGCCAGGCCCUUCAGUGUCACUCAAGUGCAUCGCGAUGGGCAAUCCUACGCCGCACUUUUCCUGGACACUCGAUGGAUUUCCUCUUCCACAAAACGACAGAUUCAUGAUAGGCCAGUACGUGACGGUGCACGGCGAUGUGAUAUCUCACGUGAACAUAAGCGCCGUGCGGGUGGAGGACGGCGGUGAGUACAGGUGCUCGGCGGUGAAUCGCGUCGCAAAGGCGCAUCACGCAGCUCGGCUCAAUAUUUACGGGUUGCCUCAUGUGCGAACGAUGGGAAACUAUGCUGCUGUGGCCGGCGAGACGACCGUCAUCAAGUGUCCCGUCGCGGGCUUCCCAAUCGCCAGCAUCACUUGGGAGAAAGAUGGUCAAAUAUUACCAACUAGCCGACGUCAGGAGGUGUCUGCGAACGGCACGUUGGUGCUGUAUCGAGUCGAUAGCAGCACCGAUCGCGGCGCAUACACGUGUACCGCGAAGAACAAACAAGGUCGUUCCGAUUCGCAGACUAUUCACAUAGAAGUCAAAGUUCCGCCCACGAUAGCCCCCUUUAGCUUUAAGAAGGACCUGUCGGAGGGUUUGCGGGCCCAGGUGACCUGCAUGGUCGAGAAAGGCGAUCCGCCGUUCACGAUCAUCUGGUCGAAGGAUGGCGAGCAGAUUUCCGCCUCCGGCACGGCGGCCGUCGCCUACGGGCCCGCCGCCGCCGCCGCCGUUGCCGCCACCAUUAACGAUCUCCGACAGCACUCUCAGACACCACCUGGGUUGCGCGUAACCAACAUUGACGCCCAUUCCAGCGCCAUAGUUAUCGAGCGCGUCACCGCCGCGCACACUGGCAACUAUACUUGCCUAGCGCGCAAUUCGGUGGCUGAGGUCCUUUGGACAGCCGAAUUGAUCGUUCGUGUACCGCCACGAUGGGUGGUGGAGCCGCAGGACGCCCGUGCGUCGGAGGGGAUGCCCCGAUUGAGUUUGCAUUGUCACGCCGACGGGUUUCCGCCGCCGUUGGUCACAUGGCGACGUGGCAGCGGCAAGAAACCUGGCAAUUAUCACGACAUUGCCAGCCAUGAGCACAUGCAGGAUCUGAGGAUACACUCUAACGGUUCAUUGGUAUUUGGCCGGGUUCAGGAGGAUCAUGAGGGCUUCUACCUAUGCGAGGCUGUAAAUGGCAUUGGAGCCGGGCUCAGUAAAGUCGUUUAUCUCACAGUCAACGUUCCCGCACAUUUUGUGGAGAAGCAUCGUAAUCAGACCGCGAGGCUAGGGUCGAAUGCUUCUUUACGUUGCGAAGCGAAAGGCGACCAUCCUUUAAAAAUAGUUUGGAAGAAAGCAGGUUCCCAAUUAGAUCCUAAGCUUCCUGAUUAUCGUUAUACCCUUAAGGAGGAUAACACUACCGACGGCGCCGUUAGCGUUCUCGGUUUCGUCAGCACUAGCCGCGAGGACAGUGGAAGGUAUUUUUGUAUCGCGUCCAACGCUUACGGCCGCGACGAGAUGACGAUUCAUCUUUAUAUCCAAGAGCCUCCAGACUUUCCACGGAAUCUUCACGUGAUCGAGAAAGGCAGUCGUCACAUUAAUCUAGGCUGGACGACUAGUCAAGACGGGAACAGUCCAAUUACCCAAUACAUAAUCGAGUACAAAACCGAAUCAGAAGUAUGGCACGACCACACGUUCCACACGACAGUACCGGGAACACGUGCUCGCGGCCACGUGAGCGGUUUGCGUCCAGCGGUCACUUACCAGUUUCGGAUGUACGCGGACAACGAACUGGGUCGGAGUCAAGCGAGCGACAUUUUAGAAACAACAACAGAGGGAGAGAAACCGGGUGGACCACCACGAAAUCUCAAAGUAGACCCCAUCAGCUCGACCGAAUUCAACGUCACCUGGGAUCCGCCCGAUCAUGAUUUAUGGAACGGCGAGAUACUCGGUUAUCAUGUCGGCUACAAGGAACACAGGUUGGGGGCGGAGCAAUAUACGUAUAAAACUGUGGAAAGACGGAUCUCGACAGCGAGCGUCGCUCUGGGUUUGGCAAGAACAUCCAUGCCGGGACGUCAGCAUCACUUGACAAACUUGAAGAAGUUCACGCGUUACAGCGUGGUGGUUCAAGCGUUCAACGCCCUCGGACCUGGUCCCAUGACUCAGGAAGUUGUGGCAUCAACACUCGAGGACGUCCCUAGCAGCCCUCCUCAGGAUGUGCGAUGCACCGCGCUCUCAUCAACGUCCUUACAAGUCUCCUGGGAAUCUCCGCCCGAUUCCAGCCUGAACGGGAUCCUGAAAGGUUACAAGGUCAUGUGGGAAAACAUGGAUGCGCUGACGGAGUCUGUCAAACCAGAGAUGAAGAUCACUACUGCACUAACUGUAGGACUCCAUGGCCUGGAAAAGUACACGAAUUAUUCGAUUCAAGUCCUGGCGUAUACCAGAACUGGCGAUGGCGUCGCCUCGUCACCCCUUUAUUGUGUAACCGAAGAGGAUCUGCCGCAGGUGCCGGCUGGUGUCAAAGCAGUUGUCAAUUCAGCCACGUCCAUUAUCGUCUCUUGGCAACCACCCCUGAAAAGUAAUGGCAACAUCACCUCCUACAAUGUACAUAUUCGUGGAUUGGGAUCGGAGGGUAAGUGGCAUAGAAGAGCCCUACCGCCAUAUCAGACCAGCUAUCAGGCCGAGGAUUUGCACAAGAGGAGCCAGUACGAAUUCACGAUCGCGGCGGUCACCUCGGUUGGCGAGGGUCCGCAAACCCCGUCCGUUACGGUCUCUCCUUCCAGUGAAGUACGCGCCGCCAUAUAUUCGUUCGGUACCACGCUUAUCGUACCGUGGAAGCAAGAUGUAACGCUGCCUUGUCAAAGCGUAGGCAAACCCUCGAUUAUUUGGAAGCAAUGGGGUCAGAUAGUCAAGCCAUCCACCAGGGUGUCCCUCCAUAUCGAUGGAUCUUUGCAGAUCACUGAACUUCAUAGAGAGGAUAGCGGAAAUUACACUUGCUUCGUGGAGAAUCGCCAUGGCUCCGAUCAAAUAACUCAUCGUUUAACCGUACAAGUUCCACCUGCGGCACCAUUAUUACACGCGACCAGCACCAGCAGCAAUUCAAUUAAUGUACAGUGGAAGAACGGUGACGAUGGCGGUUCGCCGAUUCGCGGUUACAUCUUACAUUACAAACGCGAGUCUGGCGAGUGGGAGGAGUUUAAGGUGUCGCACAAAGUGAGCAGCUUCGUCUUGUCACGACUCUGGUGCGGUAAUGACUAUCAGAUGUACCUGACGGCGUAUAAUCGCAUCGGCAUGGGCAGACCCAGCGAGAUCGUCAAGGCGACUACGAAGGGCUCCAAGCCGGAUGACUCGCCUGGAACUGGCGACAAGUUUGUUACGGUUAAUGUUUCAUGGAUCACCCUGCAUCUCAGCACGUGGAACGACGGAGGGUGUCCCAUAACUUUCUUUGAACUGGAGUACAGGAAAAGCGGCGAGGGUAUCUGGACGCUGGUCUCGAAUAAUAUAGAGGUGCAAAAGACGUAUACUCUGAGCGAAUUGCAGCCGGGGACCACUUAUGACAUCCGCAUAAGAGCCCACAACAAUGCCGGCUCGUCGGUGGCUGAGUACAAGAUAACGACGUUGCAGCCGCACAUUAGCACGACCAUGUCCGCCAUCGAGAUCGAUCAUUAUAUUCCCCAACACACCUCCGUAUAUUCGGAUCUAAAGCUCAUCGUACCUUUGGUGUUAAGUUCGUUCGCAGUCAUUGCUGCAGCCGGUGCCGUCUUCUAUUGCUUUCGCAAACGUCCGUUUAUGGGCGACAUCGGGAGUCUGCAUGACGCGCAAACUGCGGCCGCCCUAGACAAUAAACAGAAUAUGGAACAGCGUGAACAGUAUUACGCCACCGUGCGUAAGCCGCUACGCUCGCCGAUUCACGAGAUGGCCACGCUCGAGAAAAUACCAGAAUAUUCGGAAGAUAUCUACCCAUACGCCACGUUCCAGCUGGAGGAAAGUGUUCCUGCAGGAGGCGACAGUCGCUGCAAUUCUGCUGCGCCUCUUCAGACCUUUGUCUAUCACGACCCUCGUCUCUCCACUGCCGAUACCCUUCAGUUACGAGAGUCGGAUUGCAACCGGUACACUAAGGUGCGCGGAGGCCGUUCGUCCUCUGCGCCGUUGCACAAAGCGCACAAGGUCAGUCAGGGCAAGUCCGAGUCGGAGGAGUACGACACCCUGGGCUCGGACAGCGACACGGAAGUCGGGACCAGCAGCCGAACCGAGUCUUCCAAUCACCUCGUCGAUUCGCACCACUCGGCAUCUGCGGCCGACUCGCGUGUCCACAACUUCCUGUACCAUGGACCAGAAUCUAGCACGUCUACAGAACCCUCACCGAUUUUUGAGAGAAAAUCGUUUCCUGGAAGGGGAAGACCCAAGAUGUUACAGCUGGCGCGUCAUACCAGCGAGGAGGCCCGUGCCAACUUCGGGCCAAUCUCCGGGCUUGGCCAUCCCAAGCACCAGUCGGGCAAUCCCUGUGCCAAUCGGGACCAGGAGCGUGACGGAUCAGGAAACCUGUUCGUCCCCAAGCUGGACCCACCCUCGGGCUUCUCCGACGCGUUUGAGCUAAGCGAGGCCGAGUGCGACUUCGAUCGCGGUCAUAACAGCCAACGAAACGUCCGUGACUUCGUAAUCGCGGUGUAAAUACAUGUAAAAGC